UGUGGGACUUGUUCUCUACACUUCAAAGCUUGUUCCUUGGAUGGGCAGCCCCCCGAGCUCGAGUCUUGAUGCAUUGGACACCGAUCAUGAUCGUACCCAUAUCACUAAGCGACUUUGGCAUUACAGAACUGCUUGGCGAAGAUGAGGGUGAUUUAUACACUAAAACCUUAGCAACAUUAGGUUAUAUUGCGCCAGAGUAUGGACUGGAUGGACUAGUAUCAACAAAAUGUGAUGUCUAUAGUUAUGGGAUCCUGUUGCUGGAAACGUUUAGCAGGAGAAAGCCUAAUGACUUUGAGGGAGAUCUUAGCUUGAAGCAAUGGGUGAGUUAUUUACUUCCAGAUGCAGUAAUGGACGUCGUAGAUGCCAACUUGGUAACCCAAACGGGUAGUUGCUUACAGAUGGAGCUACAUGUUGUGGCAUCAAUAAUGAAAGUGGCAUUAGAUUGGUGCACUGAAUAUCCGGCAAGAAGGACUAACAUGAAAGAUGUUGUUGGGAUUCUGCAGAAGAUCAAGAUUCAACUUCUUGCAUGCUAA